UAGAAUUUGACAUUUCACCUUGAAAAGCGGGUUUUUUACCUGCACGUUCAUAUCAAAAAAAAUUUUCAUACUAAAAUAAAUAAAUUGUGAUUGAUAAAAAUUGAACAGGGUCAGCAGCAUGGUCGCAAUUCCUUAUUUAUUUAACGAAAUCGAGCGCAUAUUUGAAAAUACCCCAUUAUAUGUGAUUGUAUUGGAAGCUUUUCUGCUGCUGUCGGUAAUAUGGUUGUUACUUUUUAAGCGUAAUGGGCGUGGUAAACGGUACACAAAAGUAGAGGAAGAAGAAAUUAUUUCCAAAUAUGAACCGGAACCACUCAUAGCUGAAACCGAUCCCAAUCAUCCAUUGCUGCAAACACGUUUAGUCCAAUCGAAAGUAGGCAAGCGUGUGGUAGUUGACGGACAUGAGUGCUUAAAUUUAGCAACGCACAACUAUUUGGGUUUAUUAGAAGAUGACAAAAUAUUGGAGGAUGCUUGCAAUACAUUGAAGAAAUACGGUGUUGGUUCUUGCGGACCCCGUGGUUUCUACGGUACAAUGGAUGUACAUUUGGAUCUGGAAGAACGUUUAGCAAAAUUUACGGGUAUGGAGGAAUCAGUGGUAUACUCUUAUGGAUUCUCUACCAUAGCAAGUGCUAUACCAGCAUAUGCAAAACGAGGCGAUGUCAUAUUUGCUGAUGAGAUGGUUAAUUUUGCCAUCCAAAAAGGUUUGGAUGCUUCACGAAGCACUAUUUAUUACUACAAACACAAUAAUAUGGCCGAUUUGGAGAGUCUACUUAUUGAGCAACAAGAACGAGAUGCAAAGAAUCCAAAGAAGGCAGCCAAGACCCGUCGUUUUCUUUUAGCCGAAGGUAUUUACAUGAAUACUGGCGAAAUAUGUCCUUUACCCGAACUUGUAGCGCUACGUGCUAAGUAUAAAUUGCGUUUGUUCCUGGAUGAGAGCAUUUCCUUUGGCACACUUGGUAAAACCGGCCAUGGUCUCACCGAGCACUUUAAUGUCGACCUGAUUGAGGUUGAUCUCAUUAUGGCAGGUAUGGAAAAUUCUCUAGCUACCAUCGGCGGUUUCUGUGUCGGUUCACACUUUAUCGUCGAGCACCAACGUCUGUCGGGUUUGGGUUAUUGCUUCUCUGCAUCACUGCCACCACUAUUGACACAAGCAGCCAUCUCUGCACUUGAUCGUUUCGAAACCGAACCGCAAAUGUUUACCCAACUGCAGGAAAUUUCGCGAAAAGUGCAAAUGAUAUUUGGUAAAUUUUCAAAGUUGAAGUUGCGUGCCAACGAACUUUCGCCCAUCAAACACUUAUAUAUAGCGGAGGAACGCGAAAAUGCAGAUGAGGAACGGGAAUUGCUCAUUCAAAUAGCCAAUAAGUGCAUUGCAAAGGGUGUUGCUGUUAUUGAGGCGCGUUAUUUGAAUAAUUUGGAGAAACAUGCUAUACGUCAAAGCAUACGUAUAACGGUGAAUCGCUUACUCACUGACGCAGAUAUCAAGCAUGCUUUCGAUGUUAUCGAAAGUGUUUCCAACGAAGUGUUGUAAAUCACACGCCAUUCAUUAUGACUAUUUCAAAA